AUGGAUAAAGGUCACAACGCUAAGAUGGCUUGGGGAGCCCUGCCACCUCUGCCCACUGCUCCUGCCCGCCCCCAUCUCACUCUCCCAGAAAAGGCCACCCUACCUGCUUGCCCUCUGCUCCAAAGUGCUGUGACCACACUCACCACUGGGCCUUUGUACAUGCAGUUCUUUCUUUCACCACAAAUCCCUGCUUGUCCUUCACCUUUCAGCUCAAGUGUUACUCCCAUGGAGGAGUCUUUCGAACUCUAUCUCUGGAAUGGGCCAGGGUCCCUUGUCAAGCCUGUUAGAGAACCCCAUAAUCUCCUUUCAGGGGAUCUGUUGUCAGCAUUUGCCUAG